AUGGCUACGUGCUAUACCCCGUACGAACUCUCCUCUCCUCAGCAGAGGACAUUACAAGUGCCUAAGGAUUAUUCCCAGCCGCUCCACGUAGACUGCAGUGUGGAGUACGAACUGCCCAAUACCGCCAAACCUCCCCAGGGGGUAAGGAACGAGCCCCUGUUGAUGAUCCACCCGUGCUACUUCCGGAAGAUUGAGAGUCAGCGGAGGAGCCCCUUCAUCAACAAUCUCCCCCCGGUGCGGACUGCCACAGCUGUGAAGAGGAGGAUGCCCAGGGGUCAGCAGCUGCCGCAGCAAGUGCCCCAACAGGCAGCCCAGUACCCGGUGCAAUAUGCCACCACAGAGAGGCAGCUGUGGGACCCCAUGCCUCCGAUAGUGCCAAUCUCCGCUGCUCAGACCUACUGCAAACGGGAAUCCCUCUGCGGCCAGACCUACGGCUCUUCAGGAAGUGAUUCCGGUCAUUGGACGGACCCGGACCGGUCACCGGACCGACCGGAUGAGAAACACAUCCUCUCGGGGAAGUACAGGCAGUACCUCCGGGCGCACAGACUGCAUCCGUACGUGAGUUCCGCGAUCCCGCUGGGAUCUACCUUCCCGCAGAUCCAGCAAGUCUGCUAUAACGUGUGA